UGGUUUUGUUUGACAUAGUUAAUAAUAAUCUUUAUUUGUACAAGUACAUGGACAGUGUAUGCGGGCCUAGCUGAUAUCAAUAACAUCAGUGGGUUUGACUAGACCAUGGCUUAUGCUAUUCACUAGUGCCUUACACAUUUAGCUGUAAUAUAUUUUUUGUGAAAGUAAUAGCUUUUAUUAAUUUCUAAAUUUUUCUGAUGUAUUUGUUAGAUGACUCAGGAAUUGGAGAAUUAUUUGGGCCUGCUCAUCUUGCACUACAUAACAAGCGGCUGGGAAGAUUAUGCAUGGAUCCUCAUAAACAUCCACACAGCCAACUGUAUAAAUUCUUCGUUGUGUAUUUCACUUCUCUGGCCUCUAGCCAGGCACAUUGUCCAAGUGGAUAACCUCACUGUACUUUCCAAUAUUAAGGUUCCUUCACACCUGACAUCUGCUCUGGACAUUGCCAGGGUUGGUGUCCUGUGUGAACUCCAUCGUGGAUAUGCUGCCUACUCCUUAUUUCAAAAUAAUUUUAGCAGUGCUUCCUCAUUUGCUAUGCACACAAUGAUUGGCAUCUUUGUCAGGUACUGUGAGAACUGUCCAGAGAAGGAAGCUACAAGCCCUUGGGAGAAGAUCUUGCUGUGGAAAUACGAACCAUUUGGAAGCCCAUUCAAAGAACAAAGGAAGGAUAUGUUCAACAUAGGAUGGUUGAAGGUUCGCAUAAAUGCAAGAGAUGUUGACAAAGUGUGUGAAGCCUACAACCACCUCUGCAAAGAGCUUUUUGCCCCAUCUUCUUUCUUCAUAUACAUUACAUGUUGUGCGGUCACCUUCCUGAAUGAAAUGGGUGAGAGGAAGAAAAGUUUUCAUGUGCUGAAGGAGGUACGAAGGCUGAAAGCAAAUGAUGAAUCCAUAUUUACUGCCCUCAUACCCACAGAUAAGGAAAGUGGGAUGUGUCUUCUUUCUGAACUGUCGGAGCUGGGCCACCUAGUGUGUGAGCGACGUGUACCACUAUCUGCAAGCACCUGGGACAGGUUGAUCAGUUUCAUAAUGACUUUCAGCAAUUUAACCCUCACCAUUGAUCUUCUAAUUUGUGCCAUGCAAAUAAAGAAGUUCAAGCCAGAGGUAGAAACUUUGAAGAAACUUUUGCUUGACUGCAGUAGAGGUGGUCCUGCCUUGAUGCAACCAUUGUCCAAACUUGUGUGUGCUUUGUCUGCAGACUACCUUUGCAGGAUGAGGUCAUCUCUGGAAUACCUGGUGAAUUUUUUUGCAGAUGCUCCGCCACCUGAACAGCAAGUUAAGAACAUUAUUAUCCGUCACUGUCAGACACAUGGGAUAAACCUUGUAUUGCAUUCACAAGUUUCAGCCUACAAGAGAAAAAGUGAAAGUAGUAUAUAUGACCGCAGUACAGAAAAUAGAUUGCAGUGUUCCUUUAAGGUACAUAACAAAGAUAAUUUUAUUGCACAGUUUAGGAACUUGUCUACUAGUCAUUUUGGUGUGCCAAACAUGGAUGCAUCAUCUCAAAAUCUUCCAAAUUUAGAAAAUUUAAGACUAUCAAGUGAUUUCAGAUACCAAAGUUCAUCAAUUUGUUAUUCUAGUCCCCAAAAAAUAUUACUAAAGAGCAGAAGCUGCUCAGGUGAUACGUACAGCCUAGCAUCUCGUACUACUGACAGCAGAAUAUUAGUAUGUGAUAAUCAAGACGAUCAAUCAGUAUUAUUAAACCAUGCCUCCAAGCACCAUUUAUCAACAUCAUGUUGGGGUCAAUAUCAUGAAAGACCUAAUUCAGAACAUGAGAAUUUGCCUUCUGUACUGGUUAAUGAAGGAGCAAACUCAAGAAAGCUUACACAAUAUAUGAACAAAGGAAGGAUAGAAUUGAAUGAGCCUGCAAAUGACUGGAAGAUAAUCAUUGUGCCACAGUAUAAAAAGUCAUUUGGUUACUCUCAAACCUCAGUUCAAAACAAAUGUUCAAAAUUAAUGCCAAUAUAUGAUCAGUCACAGAAGCAAUCUCUUUGUAGAGGGCCUUUGCUUGAUGUCUCAUUUCCUAUUUUAGGGCAUGUGUCAGCCCCUUUAAAUUCUAUGCUACCUACUUCAAGAAUUCAGAGGCAUUUUGACAAGCCAAGCAGAUUGACAGGAAGGUCCCCCAAACAUGAUUUAACUAAGAAAAUCUUGUGUGAGAGAAAAAGUGAAUGUAAAUUGAAUCCUUGUCAGCACAAGCAGUCAUGCUUGUCUCAUGACACAGCAGGAGGUUUGCAGUUACACAAAGGAAUACAUCAGUGCUCAGAAGAAUACAUAAGACUGCAGGACAGUAGUAAUGAGUUGAGCAUUAACAAUAGCUCUCCAUUUUUUCAUACGGAAAAGAUACUUGUAUCUAAUGUUCAACCAAAACCAUGGUGUAGCUCAGCACACCAGUCUAGCUUUUUAAAGCAAAAGCCAGGGAUGUCAUCUAAGCUUUCAUCUUCUGUUAGGGACAAGAUUGACCUGACAACUCAAAAACGAGCUAAAGCCAGUGCUAAGAAUGUCAAGGAGCCCCUGUGUCAUACAGCUACAGUUUCUAACAUUAAUAAUGAACACCUCAGCCAAAGAUGCUCCUUUGUAUGUGUGACUAAAGAAAACUGUGCUUUACAAAGCACUGUUUCACAGUCAGACUUAAAGCAAAAGCUAACUACAAUGCCAGAACCUUGGGCCUCACCCAGAGAAGAAUCUACAAUCUUGUCUCUGACCAGUGAUUUGAUAAUUGAUGUAGAAGGAUGUUUACUUUCUCCAAAGGCUGGCUCUUCUGAGGUGACUUAUCCAAUGAAUAAACUAACACAGAAUAAUGAGAGAAUGCAGCAGCCUCAAGAAGAAUUAAAGGCACAUGCUACUUCUCUGACUAUCAAAGGCCCACAUGAAGCUAACAUUAAUGACUUUGUGUCAGGUUACAGUAAUGAAUUUAGAGCCAUGGUGAAGGAUUUUGGCUUGGUGAAUUUAGAUCCAAGACAUAUAACACCACGAGACAGUAAUUCAGAGGCCAGAAUGAACAACAGCAGUCAAAUAUGUGGCAGUGGAAAUGUCAUCACAUACAACCAAAACCCUAGAGGGGCAAGAAUUGAUAUGUCAAAUAUUACAGGUGCUAAUUCAGUUCAGCUAAUUGCCAGAGGGUGUGAGGCAGCAAGCCACAUAAGGAAUAAUGUAGAGACCAGUGAGGUAUCCCAGGACAAGAACAUAAUCCUUCACUAUGGCAGAAGAGACAGGUAUGGGUCAGGAUUUACCACCACAAGUUAUAAAAAGCGAAAGCGGAGGAAACCAUGGAAGGGUAGCAAACGUCCACUUUUAUGCCAUAUUCCUAAUUGAUACUUUGCUUUGUACGAUAAUAUAUUGUACAUAUACGUAAAUGGAAAAAAGUGUAACUAAGUAAGCAGAAGGAAAUGUGUAAAAUGUAGUAAUGGCCAUGCAAACAGGAUGCCAAGCGGAUAAAUAUGAAAUAUAUUAUCCAACAAAAUUGAUAUGUCAAGGGUAAGGAAGGUUAAAUUAUCCAAAUACACUGAUUUUUUUUUUUUAUUUAUUGUAUAUACCUAAUUUUGGUAUUUUUGUUUAUGACCAGUUUUUAUUUUUGUUAACAUUCUCUCACACAAAAUGAGGACUUAUUCUAAUACAGAAGAGUGCACACAGGACAAACUAAAGUUAAUAUACAAUUCAAUAUUUCCUACUAAACUGCAGCGUGGCAUUGUAAUGUUCUUCGGAUGUGCAUCUCAUAUCCUUCCCAUACACUUCCACCUUGUUUUCAGCAGCAUCAUACCUUUUUGUCAUUUAUCUACACUUAGUCUGUCAUCACUUAUUGAAUAAAUAGGCUCAAAUCAUUUUGUCAUUCUUUAAUUUACUUUCAACUUUUUUUCUAUAUUUGCAGUAGUCAGAGCCUGGAAUUCAUGUACUUUAUAAUCUGUGUUAUUUCUUUAUACAUUUUUACUGAUCAGUUUUUUUGGUGCCCAUUGUCUUUUGGCUUGGUAUGCAACUCCUAAAUUAUAAGCCAGUCCUAUGAUUACAUUCAUAAUGGACUCAUUCUUUCUCAUGAUUGUUAGUAUUUAGCAGAAUAGGCCAAUAUUUAAAGAAAUAAAACCAAAAUUUAAAUUAUUUGCAAAAAAAGAAAUUUUGUAUUCUCAAUUUUAGAGUUCUUGUUAACUCCAAAAACUUAACUUAUGAAUUAUGGGCUGCACUGUACUGGUCUCACAUUGUUAUUCCUCUUGUAAGUUCUUCGUUCCAAAGCAGCUCCUAAAAUCUAGGAUACUUGGCCCCUGCCUGUUAAUCUGGUACUGCUCAUAUUUUACUUUAUACGUAACAGGGCUGAGCUCUGCCUUUCAAUUAAUUUAUACUAUACUCUACCCAGAAGGUCGCCAACUUUCCCAUUAGUACACUCUUUAAGGAUCUUGCAACAUGUCUCAAAAUUGGGCAUUAUUGCUUCCAUAUUCACUGAUAUUACUUCUUGGUUAAUUUGUGUUAUCUUAAUUAAUUAAUGAAGUAAUUACUAGUACAGUGGACCCUCCCUUUUCAUGAUUAAUCCGUUCCAGACCGUCUGACGAAAUGUGAAAUUCACGAAAACUGAAACCAUUUUCCCCAUAAGAAAUACAGUGGAACCUCAAAAAUCGAACUGCUCCCAACACGACCAAUUAUGUAAGUGUAUUUUUGUAAGUGCUUUUAUAAGUGUAUUUUUGAGGGUCUGAAAUGGACUAAUCUAAUUUACAUUAUUCCUGAUGGGAAUAAAUUCAUUCGGUAAAGGCACUCGAACAGCCUUCUGGACCAAAGAAAGUUCGAUAUUUGAGGUUCCACUGUAAUGUAAAUCCAAUUAAUCUGUAUCAGACACCCAAAAGUAUAAACAAAAAAUACAUUUUAUAGAGAAUAACUAUAUUUCACGGCUUAUUUAUCUAUCAUAAUUCAUCUAAUGUGACAUAAACAAUAUUAAUAAUAUAGAAACAUGAUAUAUACUCUAGAAUGAAUAAAAUGUAUCAUUAUGUAUGUGAGGAGUAAGUGGUGGUAGUGGUGUUGGGUUUAUAAGGGCCACUGAGAGCAUAAGCCGUACAUAUUAGUGGCAGUGGAGGCAGCAGCAGAAGCCACCAACACUAUUCAUGCAAACAAUGUACGUAAUUUAUAAAUAAGAAAUAUUUACACUUACUGCACCUUGGAGAUGCUGGCAUUGGUUUAGGAUGGUGGAAGAUAGGCAGGGUGGCGUAUGUUUGUCAGUGGGCCUACAUAUAUACCUCCAAUAACAUUGAAGGAGUUAGUUUCGUUUUAUCCUUUUUCUGUCGCUUAAUCACUUAACUUACUUGCUACACUUUAUCGCUGGCUGGGGCUAUAGCGUUUAUUGACUCCUGCUGCUUUAGUAUUGUACAUAUCGUAGAAUCACUGAAGAAGGCACAUUCUCCCCUCUCUUCCUCCUCAACUUUGGUACUUUGCUAUAAGUUUUUUUCUUGAAUUUUAUAGUGUUUCUCACCUUCUUAAUCAACAGGCUGGCACUAGCAGCUUUCUUUGGGCCCAUGGUGGCUUAUUUAGCAGUCACAGAUUAAACAAGUGCAAAAAACAAUGAAUUAUUACGAAAUGUUUCCUAUGACCUCACAGGAUAACGUUCACUCACCGAGAAACAAAGCGACACUGCCUCACAAUGCGUGUGUGGAAGGCUUUGCAUGCGUGCGGCACUCGGACAAGUACUGUACCACCGACAAGACUGGAGGAAAAUAAUGAAAACUGAGCCAACAUUUUUACGAAAAAAGUCGGUGAUAACUGAAAUUCUUGAAAACAGAGCCCAACGAAAAGGGAGGGGCCACUGUACUGUAAUACCUUAUUAUAUGUACUGUAUGUAAUAGCCAUACCUUGUAUUCUUUAUCUAUCCACUCAUAAUUUUUCUGUCACUGUACACACAAAAUUAAGUUACAUAUAUUUAUGUAAUGCAUUGCAAGUUAAUUUUUCAAGUGUGUAAUGAUUGAAUUAUUGUAUAUUGUACUGUAUUGGUAUUUUGGGAAAUUCAUAAAGCAGUUAUACUUGUAUGGGUCAUACAGCUCAUAAAUGCAACAAUAAAUUAUUUAAUGAUAUAUUCUAAUACAGCAUUUUGACAGUUUCAUUUCAGUGAUUAAACUUUAUCAUAGCAGCAGUGAAAACUUUAAUUUUUAUAUUCUGCAUUCCUUUGAUUUAAAUAAAAAGUGAUUUUAGAAAAUGGAAGAGGUAUAUAUUUAUACAGAAAAGUAUUAUAUGUGCACCAAGAAGCACUCAAUACUUAUGGAUUCUUUAGCAGUGAUAAGCAAAUGAAUAGUCUAAUCCUAAUGAUUUGUAACCAUUUACAAAAAUUGUUCAGGCACUUCAUCGUUAUACUGUAUGUUCAUGUAUGGCAAUGUGUCAUACAUUUUAGUAGAACUUUGCAGAGUUGGCUUAUGAAUACAUUCGUCAAACAAAAUUCUUGAUCAUUAUUAUAUAGAUCUGUGUUCUCUUGCUGGAAAAUUUUGUGAUUCUUACAUAGUGCUGUUAUGUAUUGGUUAACUAUAAAACCUCUGAUGAAAUUUUGGUAUAAAUCUUUUUUUUUCUGAUCAUGUGCUGAAAUAUCCCAGUGAAUCCUUGAUAUACUGGACUAAUAGGAAAUGUUUGUGGCUGGUGAUGGGAAUCAUGGUUGAUAGGGAAGAGAUUGUUUUGUUCUGAUAUCAACAAUAACCAAUUGAUUUGGUUAUUGCUACCAAAUUGAUUGACUUAGCUGAUUUUGUUUUGUAUUUUGGCAGUCAGUUAUUUCAAGGGUUUAUUAUAUAUUUCAGUAGUUACAUGCAUUACUUGUUACUGUCAUUUGUUGUUUCAUUAUAUAUUCUUAAUGUGCCCAACCCAUAUGCAUUAUAAAGCCCUGCAAGUCUGAGGGGUAAGCUAUAAGAAAAGUAGCAUGAAGGGUGAACUUUAAAGCUAACAGUGAGUGUUAAAGUUGAUGUAACAAAUCAGCUUGUCAGAAUGUUGUGUGUGUAUUUUUGUUGAAGGAUGCCUUUCUAAAAAAAAAAAGCACGGAAAGUGGGGGCACCAAAGCAUUGAAAGAGAUCAGAAAUGAGUUUUAUGUGCUCUGAUAAAUGGUGCAAGCAAUCAAAUGGUGUUUGGACAAUCAACAUGAUUUGAUACGCUCCUUUUCAUGUGAUAAGUGUGUGCGUGUAUUGUGGCCAUUUCACAAUAAUGCGCCUCUUCAAGGGGGGCUCCUUGGCGUGGUGAAGAGGCUCUUGGUCUGAGGAAUUAGACCUGUCGGUCUUCUUCCUCAGACCGAACCUAAUUACCCCCCAAUCUCCCCUCCCCUAUCCCAUCCUCCCCUUUUUCCUUUC